GGUGGGGGUAAAAAGGCAUGGUGUCGCAUUCAACUGGGAGCCAAAGUGACACGUGAAAUAAGAGAGCCCGUUACUGAGCAUAAAGUUGGACCAUUCCCAUCUUCAGUCUACUGGAAAUGACGAUUAUCAAUGUUCAAGGUGAUGCAAGGGGAGAAAGUUCCCGAGGAAAAGGUGUUGGAAGAGGUGUUCAGGCUAGAAGAUUUGUCCCAUACUCAUGUAGAGCCCGUCGACCCCGAGGAGUUCGUAUCAAUUCAUACCAUAGCUCAACUUCAGAUGCAGAUAAGUCAGGCUCGGAUGACUCAACGCAGCCUCCUAGUCAUCCAUGGGAGCCUCCAUGUCCCAUUCAUCAGCCCCCACCCCAUGCCAAUAUAGAAUCCUCACUCGUAAGAGAACCUGAACCGAACAGAGAGGAUAUCGGUACGAUCAUCAUUUGCGUGUUAUUUCAAUAAUUGUUGUCUUUGAACCAUAUAUGUGUAAACACCAAAG